ACACAACGAAAUAAAGAAGAUUGUUUCCUUAGUAAUUCCGCUGCGUACGCAUUCCUUUCUACAUGGUAUCAGAGCGCGCAAAGUGAGAUACGACCAUGGUGGAAACCAACGCAGAACCAGAAUCCGGCCAAACUCCGGUCAAAAUCGACCAUACUUCUCCUUUCUUUCUAGGGCCAGAAGAUAGGCCCAGCGACUUUAUCACUCCCGUACGACUGACAGGGGGCAACUAUGAAGAUUGGGCAAGUUCAGUUCGGUUGGCACUCUGUGCGAGGAGGAAAUACGUAUUCGUCGAUGGAACCAUAAUGAAACCCGUUCCGCCAUGCACAGAAGAGGAUUGGAUGACCAUUCACUCCAUGUUGGUAUCAUGGAUCAUGAAUACAGUGUCUCCAGAGGUUAGCCGCACCAUCUCGAAGUUUGAGGAUGCCUAUCUACUAUGGAAGGAUCUGAAGGAAAUUAAAGAUUUUCCGUUAUAGAUGGACCUCGGUUUUAUCAGGUUAAAAGUGAUUUGGCUAGGUGCGAACAAGCAAAGGCUGUGCCAGUAAGUUCAUACUAUUCGUAACUUAAAGUCCUCUGGGAUGAACUUGACCGGCAUGAGCUGUUGAUUAGUUGCACAUGCGGUAAAUGUACUUGCAACCUGCGUUCAUUGCACGAGAAACGCAGGGACACGGAACGAUUCUAUCAAUUCCUAAUGGGACUGAAUUCAGAAUUCUAUGGUCCGAUACGUUCUCAGAUCCUGACUCACACCCCACUGCCCACGCUUAAUCGUGCCUAUCAACAGGUCACACAAGAAGAACGUGUGAGGGAGAUGACACAAGCAAAGGAAGAUAAAGGUGAGAUCGUGGGCUUCGCGGUUCGGACUGAAGGACGUAGUAAAGGGCAACCUGCAAAGGCGGACAAAUCAGGAUUGAUUUGCACAUACUGUCAUCUUUCCGGGCAUGAAGUAUCCAGCUGUUUUGAGCUCGUAGUGUGCCCUGACUGGUGGGGGGACCAUCCACGUGUUGACAACAAAGGCGGGGGAAGAAAUAAGUCAACGUCUCGCAAGGGAAAACAGAUGAUGCCGGUAAAACCCUCACCCGUGCGAGCAAAUGCAGCAACUGUAGAUGGAGUCUCUAGUGGAGCAAAACAACAUAUUGGACCUGGGAACGAGCAGACUUCACCUUUGUCUGGCUUCACGUCGGAGUAGUGGAAGGCUUUGAUGACAUUUUUUGGUAAUUCUCAACCAACCACCGAACGAAUAUUUGGUAAGAAUAACUAUAUGCGUUGGAUCAUCGACACUGGGCAUCGAAUCAUGUCACCGGAAAUCUUGAUUUUUUGUUUAAUGUCAAAGAAAUAGUUGCUUGCACAGUGGGACUUCCUGACGGCCAAAAUGUUCUUGCUAACAAGGAGGGGUCAAUUGUUUUGACCAACACUAUUAAAUUGGACCAUGUCUUUUAUGUACCUAGUCUAAAUUGCAAUGAGAAAUUUAC